AUGGUUGACUAUGGUGAGUACCAUACGACUCGUGGAGAUUCAAUUGGAGCUCGUUAUUCACACACAGCUGUAUUAAGUGCAAUUGUUCCUUCACAACCACCACCGCCAGGAGCGCCAUUUACAUUAAAUACUAAUAUAUAUCUCUUUAAUACACAAAAUUAUACGUGGGUUAAUACUUUUGAUAUAUCAAUUAUAAAUGGAACUAGUCCACCAAAACCGGAUAAUAAUAAAAGUUCGAAUUCAGAUAAUUCACUCUCAUUAGGUGCAAAGAUUGGUAUUGGUGUAGGUGCAGUGGCUGGGCUUGUUAUUAUAGGAUUUGCAGGAUUUUUCAUUUAUAAUAAACUUUGUAAACGCGAUAGUCAUGAUUCUAUUGCAACCCCUG